UUCCCGGCGUUCACGGCGGCGGCGGCUGCGGCUGCGGCUGCGGCCCAGAAGGCGAAAUUCACCAACACCGACAAGCAGAUUGAAGGUCCCGAGGGGUGCAAUCUGUUUAUCUAUCAUCUACCGCAGGAGUUUAGCGAUACUGACCUGGUCUCGACGUUUCUGCCGUUCGGCAACGUCAUCUCCGCCAAGGUCUUCAUCGAUAAACAGACGCAGUUGAGCAAGUGCUUUGGUUUUGUGUCGUACGACAACGCGGCGAGCGCGCAGGCAGCGAUCCAGGCAAUGAACGGUUUCCAGAUCGGUAUGAAACGGCUGAAGGUCCAACUGAAACGAUCCAAGGAUGCGUCGAAGCCCUAC